AUGGAUUUUGCGAAAAAUAUAUUGAAUAAAUACGGCUGGAAAGAAGGUGAAGGACUUGGAAGGAAUAAUAAUGGUAUAAAAGCACCGAUCAAAGCUAACUUGAAAUUCAAUACCGCUGGAUUUGGUGCCAAUCAAUCGGCCGAUGUAACAAACACUUGGUGGAAACGAGUUUACGAUGAUGCAGCAAGCAAUAUCGAGGUACAGGGAGAGAAAGAAAAGGAUGCAUCCACCAGCCCGGUCAAAAUUCGUCAAGUGGACACGGAUGCUGUGGAGAUAACAACAAAUGGCUACUCGUUAAACAAACUGAAACGUAAAGAACAGGCAGGGAAUGCGGUGCAAUCGUCUCGCUACGGCAAUGUGUUCAUCAAAGCGUCCACGUUGUUGGGGGGUACAGGGCGCGAAAUAGAUGUUCCUAAUCAUGUCAGCACCGAGGACAUUGAAUUCAAACCCGUGAAAACUAUGACUGACGAGCAGUUAUUUGCGGCAUGCGGAGGGCGUACAGCUCAUAAGGGUGCACGCCACGGCCUUAACUUAACUGGUAAGUUGGCGCGAAUUGAAGAACAGAACAAUAAGCUUUUGCAAGAGCUAGAAAGCAAAUCGUUUGAGGCUGUGAUAAAAUCCAACGACUGGCAGCGGCAGCUUUCUGGCAAUAGUCGAAAGAAGUCGAAAAAACAGAAACGCAACGAGCAGCGGUGGCUAGAGCAUAGCUCCUCAACGGGCGUAGGUGAUGAAGAAGUGAAGGAUAUGGUGCAUCAUGCAGACUAUGUAGUGGCUAAGAACAAGAAGAAGAACAAAGUCCACCAGCAAACGGAUGCAGAUCUUGCCACAACCAUGGCUGCAAUGUAUUCUGAUCUACCCGUUGACGAGGGGUUAGGAGAUGAAACGACAGAAGAAGCACCGAAAACGAAAAAGAAAUCGGCGAAGAAAAAGAAAUCCAGUCUCGACGAAGAAUUAGAUCAGUUAAGUGAAAAAAUUCGCAAGCUUGACCACAGUUCGGUAACGAUAAAGAAACGGGAUAAGAAGAAAAAGAAAAUCACGGGAGGUAGCGACAAUGACGGCAAUAGUCCUGUGUUGGAUCCUGCUGCCAAGUAUCGGAAAGAUUAUCGUAGGGAUUUGAAGGAUAACAAUCGCAAAAUAAAAUCGCUUGUGUCACAUGAAGUUCCGCAGCUGGAGACCACCAUCAAGCCCGUGUCCUUGCUGAAGUCUGAUUCUAGUGACGCAGAAGAGGAGGACGUAGUGCAACGGAUAAAUGAGGAACAAAACCGGUACUGGAAGCAGAUGCGCGCCACUGUGCCAAAGAUAAAUAUUAUCGAACCGACGGAAGACGACUGCUUAUCUCUCGGUCAGAGUUUAAAGGAACAGCACAAGAACGAAGUGAAGAGAGUGGGAAGACGUACGGCAAGUGGUAAUCGUAAAAAGAAUAAGAAAAAACACCGGGUUGUAGCCCAGCUGGCGGACUCUUUGUCCAAAAAUCUGUAAACGGAAAGCAAUAUAAUCUUGUAUACACCAUGUUCCAGAGGUGUAACAUGCCUUCUAUAUGAAAAUGAAGCUUGUAAAAAUUUUCAUUUUUUUUAUAGCAGUCAGUUGAGCCACAUUUGCUUAUACGAUGGAUUAUGUUGCGUAGUCGAACAUGAGUAUGAAACAGAAACACCUACCCUGCGGG